ACAGAACAGAAAGCCCACAAGCUUUUAUUAAGCUUAAAACAAGACCUUUGGAUCAUUAGGUGCGUUCAAAUACAGACAUGGAUUGCAAACUCUGGCUUGCUUUUUCAGUGUGGCUUUUGCUGCCCACCUCUGAAGCUGGAAGGCAGAUGCCUAAACUCUCUGAAAAGAAACUCUGCGCUGACUCCGAAUGCAGCCAUCCUAUCCUAAUAGCUCGUGCAGUGCAGGACUAUUACCCUGGAGACUGCAGAUUCAUCCCCAUCAGACAGGGCCAGCUCAUCUAUGUUUACGCAAUGCUAAGAGGCAGAGGGAACCUCUUCUGGGCUGGCAGUGUACAAGACUCCUAUUACGGACAGCAGGAGGCUCGCAUUGGUCACUUCCCAAGCAGCGUAGUGGAGGAGACCCAUCCCCUCAUGCCAGCCAGCACCGAAGUCGAGACUACUAACUGGGACUUCUACUGCAACUAAUGUUGCAUUUACCAACAAAGAGAACAACAUGGUAAUAAACUUUGUU